AUGUAUCAAAAGCUUUAUUUAAAAAUAUAUUUCACAUUUUUGUUGACAAGCAGUGUCCACAGUAAAUGUUUCAGACCUAGUUCUGGCUCAUUUGAUACAAGAUUUACAUUAUUAUCAAAUGGAAGAUAUCCAAAUUGUAAUCUCUGCGGCUUGUCGUCUGAUUUGAGUGAUCCAUCGAUUGCAGAGUUUCAAAGUAGCUCCCUGGACGUUCUGAAGAUGCUGGUCAGAUGCGCUCUCGUGUGCGCCUCCAUUCUGGAUUGCGUUGGAUUCAACUACAGGACAGUUUAUAAUGUUUAUCCGCAUUGCCAGUUCUUCAACUACACCCCGCUGAUCUAUAUUUCAAAUGAUUUUUGCAUUUACCAUCAUGAGAUAGUUUCAGAAGUAAAAGAAACACCGGGUUAG